UUAGAAUAUUAUCAGUAUGGAAUUUUGGUAUCGCGAACUACUAAGCCUUCAGUGGUUUGGAAAGUUCAUGCUUUGAUUAUGUUAUGUAAUAACAGCGUUAUUUUACCAUCCUAGAAAAAUGGUUUCACUCCGAUUUCGAAAGAUAUUCUUUGAUAAUGUAUGAGUGAAGAGAAAAAAAAAAUGUUCAUUCCAUUUUAUGAUAACUAGACUGAGGCGUUUUAGAAAUUUGACAGAUAUAUUAAUUUUAACUUAAUUUAUUUUUAUAAUUUGUGAUAUGGGAUUCCUAGUCUUUCUUGUUUUAAUGUUGUUAUGUUUUAUUGCUGGAAUAGCAGUAACAAUUUUCGUUCAGUGGUAUCUAUUUAAUUUAUACAUAGACAAAUUACCAUAUGUUGGACCAGCCUCUAAGCCUGUGAUAGCACCCUUUUCGUUGCCAAAGGCUGUUUUAGAAGAGGAGCCCCUCGGCAAAGAACCAGCUGGAUCUAUCAAUGCCCUUUUGCAGUUUUUAUUUCAAGAAUGUCGUAAUACCAAAAGAGUGAGGAAAUGGUUUAGACAUAGAUUAAGUCUAGAGCUGGAAGAAUUAUUAACCAGGACGACAACUGGGAAAUUGUUUGAAAAAAUAGUGUUACGCGACCUUGACCUUGGCAGCCAUUUACCAGCUAUAAGAAGUAUUGAAGUGAAAACCUUAUCUGUCGAUCCAGGAACGAAACUUAUUGAAGAAGUUGAAUUAUGCCUUGAUUUGGAGUAUUCUGGAGGUUUUCAGUUGUCAAUAGAUGCCAGUACAAGGCUUUCCAAAUUAGCCCAUGUAUCAGUAAAAGUUAAUGAAUUAAGUGGAAAGGGAAUGCUUAAAUUUACAAGAUAUCCCUAUACUCAUUGGUGUUUCUCAUUUUAUAAUGAUCCAACACUUCAGCUUGAAGUUGAAACACAAUUUCAAGGAAGAUCUUGGGCACAAGUAAAUUCGAUAAUUGCUAAUCAGAUUCGCAAAUCUUUGAAACGGAAACAUACUCUGCCCUUCUAUAAAAUAAGAUACAAACCUUUCUUUGUUAAACCGGAAAUAGAUUCUCUUGUAGAAGAAGAAGAAACUCAACCUGGACUUCUUGAAUUAACUGUUGUUGAAGCUACAAGACUGAGUUCAUCACCAGGCCCAGUUUUUUGUAAUGUUGCAAUAGAUAGUUCUGCCUGGAUUGAGCUGACUCACUCUGGUACAGCGAGCUACUUAACAGUUGAUGUGAGCGUCACAAAGCAACCUGGCCCGCACAUCGGUAUCAACUUCAAGCAAGAGUUCAUUUCUGACAAAUAUCAGGUUGGAGUUGUUGUUGAAAGUGUAUCAAAUCCUUUGUGUCAAGAUUUGAAAAGCGGAGAUAUCGUUGUCAUGGUCGAAGGGAAAAAUGUUCAGUCGCUAUCAGCAUUAAAUAAAAUUAUCAAGCAAUGCCAAAACAAGGUUACUCUUAGAGUUGAGAGAAAAUUAAAGUUAGUUCUUGGAAAUGAAGAUAAAGUGAACCAGGGGGAAACAUUUGGUUUAAGAAGUCGCAGUAUAGCAGCAGGAGAUAAAACUGACAGUGAUAGCAGUAACCCACCGUCAUCAUCAGACUCUCCUGCUAAAAGAUCUAUCAGUGGUAGUCCUGAGCACAGUAAAGGAAUACCUCGCUUAUCUUUAUGUUCCGAUGCAGAAAUGGAAGCUUCAAAGCCACAAAUGUUCUCGACCAAGGACGUCCCAUUUUCAAAAGUUGUUCAAUUUAAUGAAACAUUCAAGAUCAAUGUUCUCCCUGAUCAUAAAUAUGUAAACCUAAGCGUGUGGAGUCGUGGUGCUGAAAAAAAUAACCUCCUUGGUCACAUUAGCUUGCCGGUGAAACCACACUGUUGCCCGCCAUCUCCUGGUCAUCAUGUUGCAAUGUAUUCUCUCUUACCUCCAAAUCCGAAUUUGACCACAAGUAUUGGUAACAGCCUGGCAUCCCACCCAGGAUUUGAGCCAUGCUUGUGUUUUGGAGACGUCCUUCUAUCAUUUGCAUUUACUGGUACUGGUUCGAGCCCCGGAAACCAAACCUCUACUAGCUCACCACCAACUCCUGCCCCUUCAUCAUCUUCCUCAUCCACAGCACUUCCAGAAAUUCCAGAGAUCAUUUCUGGCCCGAAACAUGACUUUGUUCGAACUCAUUUUGAGAAAGUCACUCAAUGUGGAUUCUGCUUCAAAAAGAUUUGGUUGAAAGAUGCCCUCCAGUGUGAAGGGUGCCUCAUGAGCUGUCAUAAGAAGUGUGCUGUCAAAGCCCAAGCUGGUCCUGGCUGUGCUAGAACAAAUCCGAGACGACCUUCGGUACAACCUGAAAUCAUCACCACGCCACCUGACGAUAUCAACGCUCAGCUGUAUAAACGCGAGCCGAGCGUGGGUAGCUCAGAGCGUAGUGGCUUGGGCUCGCUGCUGAGCGGCCUGAAGAGGGCAGGCUCGGCUUCAAGCCUUGCCCCUCCCGACUUGGUCUCGUUGCCGUCGUCUCCCAGCCAUUCUCCUUCGCAAUCAAGAAAGUUUUCAGGCAUUGCUUUAAGGACGCUUUUUGCUACUGAAUUGCCUACACUGUAAAUUGCUUCCAGUUGCAUCCACCCUUGCAGAUUACCUAUCACCUGUUUGCAUGGCUUCUGUUGUUGAAGAGAAUUUGUUUUCAUUGAGGAGUGGCGAACAGAUUAAUGAUGUUUUGGAAGCACUUUUGUCCCGCCCUCAUGAUGAAGGAUUGAUGGAUGCUGCUAAAGCUUCUGGUAAAAUGCUGUUUGCUGAUUUCCCACCCAAUGUUAGAAAAGGCAAGAUUGAUGAAAUGAUGAGCAAAAUUAAGCAUGAAAUAGAUGCAGAAAGUCAAAACCAUGCUGCUCUGCAGCGUGAAGAACAAAACAGCGAAAAUGCUACAACUAAAGCCAAGAUAGCAUUCUUGGUUGGAAAGAGUGAAGAGCGACUUCAAGCUCUUACAGUGCUAAUGCUCCAUUGUUGCGCUGGACUCCAGGACACGAGGGAAGGUGAAGAAGCCAGCUGAAUUGAUUUGGCAUAAGUCAGCAAUUACUUUUCUAUUUAUUUAUUUAUGGAUGGUAUUAAUGGCGUAUAUUAGCCGAGUUUUUGAGCUGAUGCUCUCUUGAUUACCCUAAAGUAUUUUGAUGUAAACUGGGUGUAUCCAUAUCUUUACUUGACUUCAAACUUUGAACUUUGUCAAACAAUUAUCAGCAUUAUGUAUGAGUCUGUUCAAGUCAGGUUAAUUUACCAGAAUUUAUUUUUCUAUUGAUAUUUUCUAUCCGUCAAAUGGAUAAUGGUGGAGUAACUUGAUUUGCACUUCUAUUUUUCCUCACACAUAUCAAUAACAUGUCUACUAGUUUCUAUAGAGAUUAUCAUAAAAUUGUCAAUUUCACUGUAAAUAAAAUAUUGAUCGUUUGUAGAUGGAGUUUAGAGUGAUAGAAUUUGUACAGAUUACAUUAGGCUGUUUAUGAGGAUUGCUAUAUCAGCUUUGAAUGACAUGAAAUUGUCUGGUUAAUUAUUACAGAAGCAAUAAUAGAAGAAAAUG